ACCGUGCACUAGAAAUUAAAUAAAUAAGAAAACCCUAUGUUUCUUUUUUCUGCGGUUAAUUUCGUCAUCGUCGGCUACACCAAUCUUCUCUCUUCCCAAGCGUGUGAAUCCUCUUCUCUACUACGAUCCGCGAUCAGCUAUUGAACAGUAGCUUUUCUGUUUAACGAAGCCAAACAGAGAAAGAAUUAUUAGUUACAAUGGUACGUCCUUACGCUAUCAAGGAUAAGAUGAAAAAAUGUGAGAGACAUGACAAAGAAGAAGAAGAAGAAGAAGAAGAAGAAGGAAAGGAUGGGUCAUUUGAGAUUGAUUAUGGAAUUCCAAUUCCACUUGCACAAUCUCAACAAACAAGCCUCAAAUCACAACCUGGUGUUAUAUUUGUCCUUGAGAGAGCUUCUUUGGAAGUUGCCAAAGUUGGAAAGACUUAUCAGCUUUUAAACUCAGAUCACUCAGUUUUUUUAAGCAAAAUGGGAAAAACCAAAGGAGAUUACCGACCUGAUAUUGUCCAUCAGGCUCUUUUGGCCAUCUUAGAUAGUCCACUUAACAAAGCAGGAAGAUUAAAAGGAUUGUACAUAAGAACUGAGAAAGGGGUUCUAAUUGAAGUGAAACCCAAAACUCAUUUGCCAAGAACAUCCAAACGUUUUUAUGGUCUCAUGUCACAAUUGUUACAAAAGCUGAGUAUAAAGGAUGAAAAAACUCACACUAAACUUCUGCGUGUAAUAAAAAAUCCUGUAACUCAGUAUUUACAUGUUAAUUCUCAUAAAAUCGGAUUCUCUUCUAGCUCAGAAAAGUUGAUAAAAAUGAAAGACUAUGUCCAUAAGUUUGAAAGUGAUAGAGACAUCGUUUUUGUGGUUGGUGUAAUGGCUCAUGGAAAAAUUGAGCCGGACUACCAUAUCGAUGAUUUUAUAGCUGUUUCUAAUUACUCGUUGAGCGCUGCAUGUUGUAGCACAAUGAUUUGCCAAUCGCUGGAGGAAAAGUGGAACAUAUUUUAAACUGGAAUUUGUUUGGCUGUUAGAUUAUCUAUUAUUAAAACAAUUUAAACUAUAUGUGAUUAUGAAUGAAUUUUAUUUUUAUUAAUCA